CGGAAGUAGGUCCCUCAGAACCGGAAGCCGGAAGUCACGCUUCUCUCGUUUCGUAGGAGACGCGAGGCGGUGGUCCCUAAGCAGCUCCUCCACAAGUGUGAAUGAACCAAGGAGUGAAAUCAGCACUGGAUCCACAUUCCUUCAUCUGCAACGACAUUGGCUGGUCCUGGAAACAGCCUUCAGCAUUGUGGACGCAUCCUGGAAGCAAUUCAUUUUGGCACAGAAAUUCUUUACGGUGGCUAACAGAACAUCAUGUCCCAGGCGACCAAACGCAAACACGUGGUCAAAGAAGUGCUAGAGGAAUAUGUGAUUCCUUCAGAGAGGCAGCAGAUUGUCCGGGUGCUCGGGACACCAGGAAACAACCUCCAUGAAGUGGAGACCCCUGAGGGGACGCGGUUCCUGGUCAGCAUGCCCAACAAGUUCCGUAAGAACAUCUGGAUCAAGAGAGGAGAUUUCUUACUGGUUGAUCCCAUCGAAGAAGGGGAGAAAGUAAAAGCAGAAAUCAGUUUUGUCCUUUACAAGGACCACGUUCAGUACCUUAAGAAGGAAGGAUAUUGGCCUGAUGCUUUCUUAGGAGACGUAAAAGGAACUCAAAGCAAUACUAAAGAAAGUAGAGAGGGGGUACAAAGCACCCCUCAGUCAUCUGGAGAAGAGGAUCCUGAAGAUGAUGAUACCGACCUGUUUGUGAACACAAACCGAAUAACUUACAACUUUAUGGAGAGCGAGGAGAGCAGCGACUCGGAGGAAGAAGAAAAAUAACCACCCGAUUUACUGAGCAGAGCAAACCCUGAAAUCCUGGUGUAGCCGGAAGGAACGUGGCUUGAGGGUCUCAGCCAAAGUGAGCAUGGACUAUUAGAUGGUGUUCCUUUAGGGCAGGGGUCUCUAAAGAUGGCAACUUUAAGACUUGUGGACUUCAGCUGGCUGAGGAAUUCUGGGAGUUGAAGUCCACAAGUCUUAAAGUUGCCAUCUUUAGAGACCCCUGCUUUAGGGGUUUAGGACCCCCAACUCAGCCUCCCAACGGACUACCAGAGACCCUCUGGUGAGAUGACAUUAACAUCAGAAGGGGGCGUAGUUGAAAUUCUCUGGUUCAUCAUUUUAUUUUAUUUUUGCAUUCUUCUUCUCAGGGUUUUUGAGAAUGGGUUACUCCAAUUCCCACAGUUAAAAGUGCUGCCUCUAAAGUGCCCUCCAAUUUUUGACUCUCGGGGCCAAUUUUGGGCUGUUUGGGGUUUGAAGGCUUCGAUUUUUUAAGUGCUGGAGGUGGCCGCGUGAAAUGUGCAACAACCUGUUGCAGAUUUAAAGAGAGGAAGGUGUUCCUCGUUCAGUGCAUUGGCUUCUCUCUACUGGCUGUGUUGCCUGUACUCUUAAUUCUCUCCAUUUCUCUUGCCUUUAUUUAAUAAACGCGUACUCCAAAUGCA